AGCGGGGAGGGAGAGGGAGAGAGUGAAAGGGUGAGAUAAGCAGAGAGAGCAGCAUCUCUUCAGCGCAUUCAGUUUGCAGUAGCUCAGGAAGCUGGAAGGCAGAGUAGACGUGGAGGAGAACACCAGCACCUUACCGAAGGGGGCGACACCAAACCACACCCCUCUCUCUCUCUCUCUCUCUCACGCACAGACACACACUCUCAUACGUCACUCAUGCAUUCGUGAGGAGGAGUAAGGCACAGGAGGAGGACUACCAAUACACGCGCGCUGUUUUUGCUGGCUUUGCUGUGCUUUGGAGAGCUGUCUCUUGAAGACUGGACCAGAGCUUAAUCCAUCGCUUCAUCCAUCCUUUCCUUCCUCCCUGUACUCCAUUCCUUCAACAGAGAAGCAGCUCUCUUAUCAAAUACCUUUGCUGAUUGGCUCUCUGUCAUUCAUCUAACCUCUGAUCUGUGUGUUUCUCUCUUUGGGACAAUUUCCGGCUUUCUCUCCUUUCAGCCAAGAAACCAAGAGACCAUCUUAAACAGCAACUAAUUAUCCAACCUUUUUGACCGCAACCAUGAACUUCCUCCGCCGCCGCCUUUCUGACAGCAGCUUCAUGUCCAACCUGCCCAACGGAUACAUGUCAGACCUCCAGAGGCCUGACCCUCCUGCUCCUCCUCCACCUACUGCCUCCUCCCCUUCCCAGCAAGGUGAAGCCCCAGCAAAUGCUCCUGCCCCUGCCCAGUCCCCGACCGUAGCUCCAGCAGCAUCCCAGGUGCCAGCCAGCUCCCCCGCAACCCAGGAGCGGCGUCUGAGCCAGCAGGUUCAGCAGUCUCCACAGGCCCAGUCCUCCUCUUCUGGCGGGUCCUCUGGCUUCUUUAGCUCCUUCAGCUCCAUUACCAACGCUGUCAAACAGACGGCCGCAACCGCCGCCGGGUUUGUGGAGCAGUCGGCUCCUUCCCCUUCCCUCUCCAAGAAGUUCAAGAUCCUGCUGGUCAUUGAUGAGCCUCAGCAUGAGUGGGCCAAAGUGUUUCGGGGGAAGAAAGUCCUUGGAGACUACGACAUCAAAGUGGAGCAGGCUGAAUUCUCAGAGGUCAACCUGGUCUCACAGUCAAAUGGCACCUGUAACGUGGACAUGCAGGUCAUUAGGAGCGGGACCAAAGUGGUCAGGUCUUUCAGGCCGGACUUUGUCUUGGUUCGCCAGCACGCCUUCAGCAUGGCCCAGAAUGAGGACUUCAGGAACCUGAUCAUCGGUCUGCAGUACGCAGGAGUCCCCUCAGUCAACUCUUUGGACACCAUCUACAACCUCAGCGACAAACCGUGGGCUUUCUCCCAGCUGAUCACUAAUCAGAAGAGGCUGGGCUCAGAUAAGUUUCCACUCAUUGAUCAGACUUUCUACCCCAACUACAAAGACAUGAUCACUACACCAAGUUUCCCAGUGGUGGUGAAGAUUGGACACGCCCACUCUGGAAUGGGGAAGGUCAAAGUGGACAAUGUGAGUGACUUCCAGGAUAUUGCCAGUGUGGUGGCCAUCACUCAGACCUACUGCACUACAGAGCCAUUUGUAGACGCCAAGUAUGACAUACGGGUCCAGAAAAUCGGUGCAGACUACAAAGCAUACAUGCGGACUUCUAUCUCUGGUAAUUGGAAGAGCAACACCGGAUCUGCCAUGUUGGAACAAGUAGCCAUGACUGACAAGUAUAAGCUGUGGGUUGAUGCCUGCUCCGAGAUCUUUGGAGGGCUGGAUAUUUGUGCUGUCAAAGCCAUCUGUGGAAAGGAUGGUAAUGACUACAUAACUGAGGUUGUGGGUUCAUCUAUGCAGUUGAUUGGUGAUCACCAGGCAGAGGAUCGCCAGCUCAUCUCAGAUGUGGUGCUGUCCAAGAUGAGCCAGGCACUGUCUGCCCGGUCAUCCAGUAUUUCCCGUUCACCUGCUCGCUCCCCUCAAAGCCAGAAGGCUACUACUGUACAGCCCCAACAGAGUGCUGCCCUGAAGGAAGGAGUUCCAGAUCCAAACAGGACCUCAGGCCAGCGUCCUCAACCUCAAGGUGCACCAAUGAAGUCACAGAGUGUGGAACAAUCAUCAGAGUCAGCUAAGAGAGCAUCUGACCCAAUACCAAAGCCUGGCCAGGCCCAAAAACCUAGUCCAGGUCCAGCUCAGAAAUCAGCUCAGGCUCAAAAGCCAAGCCAAGUCCAGAGGGCAGGUUCAGUUACAAAGCCUCCAGUGCCAAGGCCUCCUCCUCCAAUGACAAGAGCCCCAUCUGUUACAAAGCCAGCCCCAGGGCCUGCUUCCACCUCAGCCAAAGCUUCACCUACUUCCCCUGCUAAAACAGCAGCAGCCACAGCAGCUCCAGGCUCUCCCCCAACAAAAGCAGCAGCAGCAGCAGCAGCAGUAGCCCCAACUCCAAGCCCCCCUGCAGCCUCGGCCCUGGCUCCAGUCCCAGCCUCAGCUCCCACCACAGAGCAGCCCAAGCCCCAACCUCAGGGCUCCCCGUCCCCAGCUCCUGGCAAACCAAAAGAGCUGCCCCCAAAACCCACACCACCUGCAAAGCCCAUCCCUCCUGUUCGCAGGAAUUCAAAGCCGCAGCUUCAGCCAAAGCCACAAACCCCGCCUCCUCCCAAAGCUUUACCUAAACCCCAGCCUACUGCCCAAGCCCCAGCACCCAUGCAGGCCUCAGAUACUGCCUCAGCCCCUGCUCCAACACAGGUUCAGUCCCCAGCCAAAGCAAGUCAGCCCCCGCCAAAUGUCCAGUCUCCAGCUAAACCUCAGCCCCAGGCUAAGCCACCCUCUCCUUCCCAAAACCCGGAGCCCGUCCAGGCUGAGGCAGCCGAAGCCUCCGAAGAGGCUGAGGCUUCUGGGGAAGAACAACCAGAUUCCCAGCAAAAAACCCAUCCUCUGCUGAAUAAGUCCCAGUCCCUGACCAAUGCCUUCAACGCCUUCAGCGACUCUUCUUUCUUCCGUGGGGUCUCUAGCUCUGGAGGAGAAGUCCAAGAAGAAGCGAAGGCGGAGACCAUUCGCAACCUCCGAAAGUCCUUUGCCAGCCUUUUCUCUGACUAGACACAGCCGAACCGUAGUUAGCCGCUUAAUGAUUCUGGCCACCCCUUUUACUAUUGGCCAGUGAUGACUUGACAUUAAAUGUGAACCAGUCUGAGAUUAAACUUUGUGUGUUAACUGUACUGUAUUCCCUCCGUCCCUUUCAGCUUCUCUGAGUGAGUAACAGUGAGGCAUGCUGGGUAGGAUGUUAAGUGAAUGAUGCUGUGCCAGAGUAAUUAGACUGAAGGAGUUACGUCAUUGAUAAAGACUAGAACAGAAUAGAAUAACUAAAAAGUUUAUUUUUCCCAGAGCACACUUUAAGGAACACUUUCCAAAAUAUGAUAAAGUUUAAUAUUUAUGACUUUAGAUGGAAUGUACAUACAGUAUAUAAAUAUAGAUAUAUAUGUAUACACACAGUAUAUAAACAGAUACAUCUACAACUAUACAGGGAGAUAAGCCAAUAAGACGAAGAAAAAAAAAUCCAGGAGCACUUUUGAUUAACUUUUGUCAGUGACAUAACUCUUUCAUUCAGUGGCUGUAUUCAGACACAUUAAAAAAAAAAAAAAAUAGUUAGAUAUUGACAUUUGAUGGAUUCUCACCAAUGGAUUCAUUUUGGUGAAAUGUUUUGAGUGGAGAAAAAUGACUUCUCUUAAUUGGUUGUUUCUGUGUUAAUCCAGCCUUUGUGUCUCUGGUCCUUGGCUACAAACUACUGGGUUUGUAUUUGCUGCCCCCACUUUUUUUUUUUGUCUACAAGCCUUGAAGACCAAUGUUGUGUGAGGGAGUUUGAAAUCUGUGUGUGUUGUUCAUCUGUGUUUAAUCGUUAUGCAUGGCUCCUCCCAAGUGGCUCGGUUUGACUUUUGGAGCAAACGGAAGCUCUAUCAGUGUUGAGUUUUCCCUCCGUUGCCUAACUCUCUCUAACUCUCUCUCUCUCUCUCUCUCUCUCUCGCUCUCUCUCUCUCUCUCUCUCUCUCUCUCUCUCUCUCUCUCUCUCUCUCUCUCUCUCUAGAUGUUGUAGCCUUAUUGUGAACAUGUUUUCAAUUCGCAGCUACAUUUGUUAGCUGUUCAGACUUGGGUCAAUUACAAAGUGGAAUUCAUUCAUUUACCUCAAGUGUUUAAAUGGGAACAGCACUAUGGGGGACAAGAUUGAAUGCAGCUGUUGUGUAUUAGGAGCAUUGGGAUUGGGCGUAAUGUGCGACACCGAAUAAAUCAAUUCUACAGAGUAAUUGAAUGCAUUUCAAAGAGUAUAAAGACUCAUGUCUGUAGCUGUGACUGGUGAUCUUUUGUUUCACCUCUGUGUAGAUCUAUCAACAGUAUUGUAAUUUGUUGGUUAUUCUCAUGAAAAGACAUUGAGACAGUAGUGCAAUAACACCUCGACGUGACUGUUGAGCGCUGUCACCCUAUGAAUAUAAAUAUGAUCAUACAUACAGGAUCUGUGUAUCUGUUAACUACCUUAUUCUAACAUUCCCUUUAAGGUUCCUUUCAAUGGUGACUUUCAAGGUUGCUUUUAUGUGCAGUAAGAAGCUGGGGUUUCAGAUUAAUACGGCGCAUCAAACGUCUGGUUUAUCCGAAUAUUCCUCUUUGUAUUGUUGGGUGUGAAGUUAAGGAAAAGUGGAAUGAACUUUGUCCGUUGGCUGGUCAUUUUCCGUUGAGUUGCUGCACUCAAGUUCAUAAAAGUAAAAUAAAAAAAACAAAUAAAAAAAGAAUCUCACCAAUUAACAACCGCAUAUCAACCAGUCUGCUUAUCCCUUUUCCAAUACUACGUUGCAAGUGAAUUAUAACAUUGUAUUUGUAUGUAUUUAUGUGUUAUCUCAGGAGUUUAUUUUUUGUAAUAUAUUGAUCGACGGAUUUAUUUUUUUGAGGCUCCAUAUUUAUGGUACAGUGUAUAUUGUUUGUUUUGUAUUGUGUUUGUAACGCAAUACUGCUUUGCAUGAUCUGGUGACCAACCGUUUUUUUUUCUGUACAGAUUAAAGUUAAUAAAGAUGUGGUUCCAUCAUUCCACCGAUCCACUAAGUUUCA